AUUAAAUAUUUUUUCAUUCAUACAUCUAUCGCUCUUUUUAAAGUUUUCAAUAUUUUUUUACUUAGUAAAUAACAUUAAAUUUUAUAAAAUGUCAGAUGAAAUUGACGGUAACACAAUAUUAGCUCAAUCACUUAAAGAGCAGGGUGUUGAAUAUGUCUUUGGGAUUGUCGGGUUUCCUGUCAUUGAGCUGGGAAUGGCCAUGCAACAGGCUGGACUCAAGUUCAUUGGGAUGAGAAAUGAACAAGCAGCUUGUUAUGCAGCACAAGCCAUUGGCUACUUGACUAAGAAGCCGGGUGUUUGUUUAGUUGUUUCAGGGCCUGGAUUACUUCACGUUUGCGGUGGGAUGGCAAAUGCUCAAGUUAAUUGUUGGCCUUUACUUGUGAUUGGUGGAUCAUGUUCGGAAGAUCAUGAAGCUAUUGGAGGCUUUCAAGAAUAUCCUCAAGUUGAAAUGAGCCGACCUUAUUGCAAGUAUGCAGCACGUCCACCAAGUGCACUUCUUAUCCCAACUCAUGUUGAAAAAGCAGUUCGUUUAGCUACUUACGGUCGACCUGGUGCUUGUUAUCUCGACUUUCCUGGAAAUAUUCUUCAGGGUCGUGUUGAAAGCAAUAAUAUUGUGAAGUCUUACAUUCACCCUGAACCUCCUUUAACAUUCCCCAAUCCAAAGUCAAUGAUAGAAGCUGCUGAAAUGUUGAUGAAAGCAAAACGUCCUCUCGUUAUUAUUGGCAAAGGUGCCGCUUAUGCAAGAGCUGAAGUUGCACUUCGUCAAUUAAUUCAACAAACAAAUCUCCCAUUCAUCGCAACACCAAUGGGCAAAGGAGUCGUUCCCGACACAGCUCGUCAAUGUGUUGCACCAGCUCGAACAUUGGCAUUGCAAAGAGCCGAUGUUGUACUUUUACUUGGUGCAAGACUUAAUUGGAUUCUUCACUUUGGACGAGCACCACGAUUUAAUGAAAACGUCAAAGUUAUUCAAGUUGACAUCCAACCAGAAGAAAUGCACAACAGCAUUCCAACAUCGUGCGCAAUUCAAUCUGAUUUGUUGCCAUUUUCGGAAAUGUUCGUUGAUGAACUUGCAAAACGUAAAUUCCGCUUAGCAAAAAGUGGUGAAUGGUGGCAGGAAUUAUUUGAAAAAUGCGAUAAGAAUCGUGAAACAGUCAAUAGAAUGUCAAUGGAUGUUUCAGUUCCUUUAAAUUACUACGCAGUGUUUCAUCAUUUAAGAAUGAAAAUUCCGUCUGAUUCGAUAAUUGUUAGUGAAGGUGCAAAUACGAUGGACAUUGGACGUGCAAUGUUACUAAACAAUCUACCCCGUCAUCGCUUAGAUGCUGGAACUUUUGGUACUAUGGGAGUUGGUCUAGGGUUUGCUAUUGCUGCAGGUCUUUAUUGUCGUGAUUAUCAUCCUGGCAAGCGUGUCAUCUGUGUUGAAGGUGACUCUGCGUUUGGAUUUAGUGGGAUGGAAAUUGAAACGAUGAUUCGUUAUCAAUUGCCGAUUAUUAUUGUCAUUGUAAAUAAUGGUGGAAUUUACAGUGGAUUUACUAAAGACGACUUUGAAAGUAUUCAAAGUGCUGGCGAUCCAUCAUUAGUCACUCCAGUCACAGCUUUAAACGUCGAAACACGAUACGAACAAAUGAUGAGUAUGUUUGGAAAGGAAGGACAUUUUGUUAGAACCAUUCCAGAACUUGAAGAGGCUGUAAAAGAAUCGUUGAUUCCAUCUGAUCAUCCAUCAAUCAUCAACGUCAUUAUCAGUCCACAAGCUGAUCGAAAACCACAAAAUUUCAGUUGGUUAACUGAAUCAAAGCUUUAAUUUUCUUUUUUAUUUUCCUAAAUGCAAUAAAGAAAAUAAAACGAAGGUGUUGGUAAAUAAAACUUUUGACUUCUU